GAAAGCAGAAGAACGUUGUCUUUUAGCGUAGGAGCGUCGUGUCUCAUAAUUAUUUGCACUUUCUCUAAAGCAACACUGGAGAAGAUUCAAUAUUCUUGAUGACACACCUUCACUUCUCGUGCAAGGAGUCAAUUUAAACGCAUGUAUGCGUGCACCGUAGUGACUUCUUUCAUUCUCUCCCACUUGUAUUCAUCUUCAUCAAGAGAGGUUGGUCUAUCCUUGAAUCAUUAAGUAGUGAUAACUUAUCAGCUCCCGACGGUGGUAAUAAGAUUCUACAACGCAUAAACUUUUGAUGCACCUGUUUAAUAUUCAAGAGAGAAUGAACGAUCACUUUCGUGUGGUUUCUGUCGUUUUCAUUAUCUCACUGCUCAUUAAAAAAACAUGUGGAGAUAAGCUCUGGUGUUACGAAUGCAACACAGAUCUAUCGAUGGGACACAAGAGAGAUUGCAACGACCCUUAUUUACCUGGUUCUGCAAUCGAUCUCGUCGCUUGCCCUGAGGACGAACCUCAUCACUGUCUCAAAGCACUCAUAUAUUAUAAAAAUAUUCAUGCGACAUUAAGGAGUUGUGUUCCAUCACGAUUUAGAAACUCUUAUUGCACGACCAAUGACAAGUUUCCGGAGGCUCUUGUCACCUGUACAUUUUGCGAAGAAUAUGCUUGCAAUCUAUCACCGAGGCUUGCGGUGCGAUUGUCGACUUUACUGAUGAUAUUUUUACCGUCAGCACUUAUCGUCACUUGCAAUCUCUAUCACAAACUGUGACACUAGUUUUAUGAAGGAAAGCUUAAAGUAAAAUUGCGAUACAAGGUCUCAAUAGAUGAUAAAAAUGAAGAAUAAAAAUCACUUUAAAAGACAUUGUUAAUUUUAACUUCUAUUUUGUUAAUAGAUUUCACAUCUAAUUGCUCUGAAUAAAAAAAAAUGUCAAUCGAUGCUAAAGGAAGUGUCUUAGCAAAGUAACAACCGGAAAGACGAGUUGUCUCGAUAUAGAAGUUGAAAAUUAAAUAAUCCUGCGAAUAGAGGUGAGGCAAAAGAGACGAAGAUGAAAAGAUGAAAUGAGGAGAUAAAGAGGAAUGAGGAAAAGGAGGUGAUACAUACAGACUAUAUAUUAUUUAAGACUUUGUUAGCAUAUGUAUGUAACAAUACUGAACAGAAGAAAUAAAUGUGUGUAAAGAUGAGCAAAGGAACAGGUCAAAUGGUCGAGUCAAUUUGGUAAUGCUUCGUAGGGUUAAAUACACUCGUGACCCUCAUCUUCAAGUCGGCUACUUUAACGAGACAGAGGCCUCACUUUAUCUUGGCAAUAUUAAAGAUCAUAACAAAAAUACUAACUAAUUUUUAGCCAAUGACAUAUUUUAUAAAUAUUUUGUCAUAAUCAUUAUUUAUUAUGGUGACUAAUCGAUAGUUAUUUUUUAUUUUUAUUGGAAAUAUUUUUGUAACAAUAAAAUAUCAUUUAAGUGCACACAGUA